AUAACACCCCCCAGUUUAGCCUCUCUUCUCUCUCUCUAUUUAUAUUCCUCCCUUCCCAAAAACAGAAAAAAAAACAAACAAACAAACAAACAAACUCACAAACCAUAAUCACCACCACCACCACCCCAAAGUUGAUUCUAGAAAAAGAAAGAGCGUGUGUGAUAGUUUUAGAGGGAGAGAGUAAAAAUGUCGUGGCAGACAUAUGUGGACGAGCACUUGAUGUCUGAUAUCGAUGGCCAGAGCCAACACCUCGCCUCCGCCGCCAUCAUCGGCCACGACGGCAGCGUCUGGGCUCAGAGCUCUUCCUUUCCUCAGGGGUUACACCUAGCGGGCACAAAGUACAUGGUCAUCCAAGGAGAGCCUGGAGCUGUCAUCCGUGGAAAAAAGGGAUCAGGAGGACUCACUAUCAAGAAGACUGGGCAAGCUCUAGUGUUUGGUAUAUACGAGGAGCCUGUAACUCCUGGACAGUGCAACAUGGUUGUUGAGAGGCUGGGAGAUUACCUCAUUGAUCAAGGCCUGUAGGCCCAGAUCAUGCCAUGAGAUCCUAGAACAUCUUGUCAUACACUGAUUUUCUUUUUCUUUUUUCUUUUUUCUUUUCUUUCCUUUUCUUUCUGCUUCGGAGCUUUGAAUUUUCUUCCUUCCAAAGACUUGAAAUGGAAGCGGAGUUGUUCCAGACAAUAACUGUGAAGACAUAAAAACAGUUGUUUGGUGUUUUGAGGUUUUUCCCUAAUUGGCAUUGUUUUCAUUCAUUCUUGAUUUGUAUGUGUAUUUCAAUUUUCACCA